UAACAAACUGAUCACAUGGCUUAACCAACGCUUCAUUUCAUUUUGCAUCUCACGGUGUUUCACAAUCUCGACUCUUGUCUCAUUUUGAAAUAAUACCUGAACUUAAAGCAUCUUUGACUCCGCUUUGACAGGAUUUAUUCCAAAAAAAAUACACGCCAAGAUGAGGGAAGAGGAAAAAUGUUGAUCAGGGUCAUCAAAAAGAGAAAGGACGAUUUGAUGGGAACAAUCUUGAAACAAUUCUGCUGAUGAAGGAUCUAGUUUUAGACUAGCCUUAAUUCUCUGCCGAGAACCGAGUCACUGGACUUCAAUCUUACAUAGGUGUAUCAUGUUCAUAGACACUGCACAUUUGGCGAAAGGAAAUUAGAUGCUUGUUUCAAAAGUCAAAGAAAAAUGACAAAGCUGGAAAUGAGUCAAUGAAAUGGUGUUACAGAGAACUUAGACUUAAAAGCGCGUACCAUUUAUGACAAAUGAACGAAAAGAACACCGAGGAACAGUCAAGAGCACAGUUGUAGGAGCUACUGACCUUUCAUUCCAGCGGAUAUCUCUCUGAUGUAGUCCAGAAAUUGGCCUUUCGACCUUCUUGGGAGGAAAAGCAAGACCAUCCAGUUAACUCUUGGAUCAGCUUGGUUGGCUAAAGAUAGAGAUGAUACUUAAAUAACUCCAACUUUAAUACAUCAAGUGGUGAUAUUCUAGGUAUGUGAUGCAAUUAUACAUUCUUAGCAGUCAACUAAAACAAACAAACACAUUUUGAGAAGGCAUCAAACACAGUUUCUACAGCAGCCUCAAAGACUUCACCGUUCUACCGCGGAUAUUUCUCUUUACGAUAGACCUGGGCUUCAUUUUAAGAACAAAAAGGCUGACUCAUCGUAAUCAUCUUUAGGGACCGAGUACUAUACUUUGAUUUUCCUUCAGUUUUUAUCACAUCAAUUCAGUUUCAGCGACCUGUUGGUUGGAAUUCAUGAUGGCUGUGAACGCGCACGCAAUAAGCUUCGUAGUACUUUGUGGAUUCACUUUGCUAUAUGGUGUGGUGAUGGAUCACACCAACAUAACUCUCAAUCAUACGUGCUCGGAAAACUCGAGGUACCAUAGCGCCAAUUGCUCAUAUUGCGGUCUUACAUCGGUUCCCCGGAAUCUUCCACACGACCUGCGUUCCCUCAACGUUUCUGAUAAUAACAUCUUUAUGCUCUUAGAUAAAUCGUUCGUUAACUAUAAACAGCUAGAAACUUUAGACGCUAGUUAUAACUCCAUCUACUUCAUUGAGAAUGAAACAUUUCAUGCUCUCCUGCUACUUAAGGUAUUAAUGCUCCAUCACAAUAGUAUCAGUGUCCUACCAAUUUCCCUCCUGGAGAAGAAUGUUCACCUAUCCUUGAUAAUCCUACAUCAUAAUAGACUCAAGGGAAUUCCUCGCAUCUUUGGAAACAAUCUGAAAACUAAUCAGUUUGCAGAAGAUGGGGCGAACGCAUGCAGAUGUAAGAAUUUGUCACGUUUUGAUUUGUCUUUUAAUGAAGUCAGUUCACUAGAGCAAGGAGAUUUUCUAGCUUUACGUAAUUGCUCCCUCGAUGGAUUCAACUUGAAUCAUAACGAUAUAAAGAGUCUCCCUCGUGCAGUUUUCAAGGAUUUACCAGCAGUACAUUUACUCAUCAAUUAUAUAUCAUUGGCUGAAUUCCACGCCGAGUCCUUUUUGGGUAACAAGGCAAUAGUAAAAGCGACCAUAACCGGGUCGAACAUAAGUUCUAUUGUACCCAUGAAUACAUCGGAAAUACCAAGAGAUCUUUUCCCAGGUAUAAUAAAAAUUUAUCUCCAAUACAACAAAUUGAUAACUAUUCCAAAGUAUGCCCUGGAUGGUUUCGAAAAACUCCAGGUACUAGACAUUGGAUUCAAUCAUUUAGCUAGUCUUCAUAACGAGUCAUUUUGUGGAUUGAAGUCGCUGGUUAAUUUGAGCCUGGGUCACAACGAAAUUAAGUCGCUUCCACGAGGGUCUUUUGCUUGCGCCGAAAAGCUUGAGAGCAUUGAUUUAUCACGUAACGACAUUUCUGUAUUAGAUCCUCAAUGGUUCGACGGAAGCCACCGUCUCAGCACUUUGACAUUCUAUCAAAGCAAAAUUGAUGAUAUCAAAACUAUACCAUGGAAUGUAACAAAUCUUCAAACUCUUAUCUUAGCCAAUAAUAACCUUAACUCCGUGAACAGAAAUACGUUCGUUGGUUUAAGAAAUCUAAAAUGUAUUGAUUUCACCAUGAAUUAUCCUCUCACAAUAUCCGUUGAUGCUUUUGAAGAAAACAUUUCUUUGGAAAAGAUCAUAAUGCAAAAUUUAGCCAAAUUCACCAUGACUGGUUCCUUUAGAAACAUGCAUCAACUAGUAUUCCUCGAUAUGUCCUAUCUUCAUACUCGCUUAGAAAUUACUUCCGAUGGCCAGUUUAGUCAUACGUCGGCUCUGAGAACUCUAAUCUUAUCCCAAACUAAAAUCAUAGCCGAAGAUCUAGUCCAUUCUAAAAGCAAUAGGUCACUGUUUUCAGGACUGGUUUCGUUGUACACCCUUGAACUGCAACAUAACUCAUUCUAUGAUUUCCGACAGGUUCCUAACGCAUUUAUUACACUUUGGAAUCUUCGUGAGCUAGAUCUGACUGACUGUCGCAUACUUAUAAUUGACUCGAGGAUAUUUAGGAAUCUCACGUCACUAACAGUUCUCUCGUUGCGCUUUAACUCGAUUAAAAUCAUUCCCGAGAAAGCUUUUCAGGAUUUACAUAAUUUACGUACCCUGCGACUAAAUUCCAACUCGAUUUCAGUUAUCGAGAAGCAAUUAUUUUCUAGAACUCCCAGUCUCCUGUGUCUAUACCUCCAUGAUAAUCAAAUCUCCACGAUCGAUCCUUUCACAUUAAUACCAACAAGUCUAAAGGUAUUAAUCAUUGCAAACAAUCCAUUAACAUGUACCUGCCAACUUGCGUGGUUCAGGGAAUGGCUGGACAAGGUGAAUACAACAAUCUAUCAGAGAAAUGAGACUCGUUGCUCUAGUACUUCCUUCAAAUCGCUAAAUAAUCAGACUAUAUGGUCGUUCCAUCCUGAAGAUUACUGCGGAGUCAAUAUCUAUCUUAUUGUAGGUGUAUCUUUGGCAAUUGUGACCGUUCUGUCGCUAAGUGUCCUCGUGUACCAAAAGCGAUGGUGGUUGAACCACAAACGAUUUCUCUUAAAGUUGGCCAUCGUUGGUUAUCAAGAAAUCAUUGAAAAUCAAGGUCCUGAGGACUACGAGUAUCAGCUUAACCUCAUGUUCCGUGAAGAUGAUGAGUGGUGGAUUAACGAUUGCAUGAAGCCAUUCCUGCAGGGGAGGAUGCCACACCUGGAGCAUAUCGUUUUUGGGGAUAGUGGUCUUCAUCCAGGGUCUUUCUAUUUAAACGCCAUCUAUGACGUCAUCGAGAACAGCUACAAGACGGUCUUGUUGCUUAGCAACCAGUCAGUGGAGGAUACCUGGUUCAUGACCAAACUCCGUAUGGCCGUGGAGCAUAUGAAUGACACCAAGUUGGAGAAGAUCAUCCUCAUAUUUCUAGAGGACAUCGAUGAUGACCACCUACCGUAUCUUGUACGGCUGUUGCUGAGUCGGAACAAACCUUACUUGCUGUGGGUGGAUGAUGAUGAAGAUGCACAAGAAUUCUUCUGGGCAAAGUUUGAGAAGAGCAUGAGGGCUAACAGGGAAAUGAAUAAUGUAAUUCCAGUUUAGUAACAUAUUAAAAAAAGUAGCGUAUUACACUUUGUAAAAGAUAGCGUGUCGUGACGCGUGGUUAUAACUAGACGUGCGUUAAAGAAAAAAAAUCUUCUAGUCGAGAUUAAUGUAUAAUUAUAAUAUGUUGGCGAAUCCAACGUGACAUGCGUCUUUAUAGUUAUGUUUGUCUCAUACAAUUUCAGUCAAAACUUUGAACAUACUUGUAAGUUGUCAAGUGUUCAACUAGGAAGUAUUGAAAAGAGCAUACACUUCAACCCCCCCCCCCGCACCAAGAUGAUGAUUUAUUUGUGGAAGUGAAGUAGUUCGUUCUUUGUCAAGAAUAUAAAGAGAACAUCGUUAGGGUUAAAAUGAGAAUUUGACCCCAACACACGCAUACACAUCACAUACACGCAUGCACCUCCCAAACUCACACAUACAGAGCAUAACUUUGAAAUAUUAUUUUCAGUUCUGUGGUCAGGUAUAAUCACUGCAUGCUUCUAAAAAGAUAAUGUAUAUUGAUUCGUAAUCGAGGUAAUAAAGAUUUCUCUAUGAUUAACGAAUUGAAUAGAGAAACUGUAUAAUAUCAUUUUGGAUCUUUUCUGAUAAUGAAAAGGUAUUAUUUAUGAUCUACUCUUGAAAAGAAUUAAUGAAGAAUGCAGUCUAGACAUUUGUAUUAAGCGCUAUAUAAAAGCUUAUUAUUAUUAUUAUUAUUCGAUAUAAGAGCCAAUUGAAAUUUAUUUAACAAACGUUCUUUUGCUCAGUGGUAGAGCACUGGUCUCGUAACCAGAAGGGGGCCAAAGGUUCGAAACCAAAUCGAUGCAAAGGUUUUACUCGUUGUCGAUGUAUGAAGUAAGAGAAAUAAAGGCCAUCAAAUGACGAAGUUAUUCUAUUUUUCUAUCUCUCUCUCACACACAGACACACACACACACAC